GCGGAACAUCCAACAUGGCGCCAUCCAUUGACGAUUUAGUCCAGCGGGUUUCUCUCUACAAUCUGCGCCCGUUUCUCUUCCAUUUCUACGUGGCGCCCUUCCUGGUCAUCUACGCGGCCUGGCUGUACGUCUGGCUGGGUGUGUACGGCGUGGAGGAGUACUUCGAGGCCGGUUUGAUCGCGCUAGCGGUGAUCGGCAUCGUGCAGAUUUUGGCGUGCCUGUUCUGCCACUGGUCGGUACACGUCAGGUGUACCUUCAUAUGUAACAAGGCUUAUGAUCCCAGUAAGGCUGGCUGGGUAAAGGUAGUUCCCACUCCUAACAACGGGUCAGCUGAACUGGUCAGACUGCACCAUGACAAGGACAAGACCUCGGGAGAAGAGCAGAUCUGGUUCAACUUCCAGAAGAUCAAGUAUGUGUACGAUGGGGAGGAGAAGAAACAGUUCCGUGCGGUGGAGUUUCCCGUGGACCUGGCAAUGCGAGUGUACCAGUCCUGCCGCGGGUACCAGGAGGAGACUGACAUCAGCAGGGCCAGCGCCAAAUACGGGAAAAACGAAGUACAGAUGGUUGUUCCAGACUUUGCAGAGCUGUUCAAGGAGAGAGCCACGGCCCCCUUCUUCGUGUUCCAGGUGUUCUGUGUGGGACUGUGGUGUCUGGAUGAGUACUGGUACUACAGUAUCUUCACCCUGUUCAUGCUGGUGGCUUUCGAGGCGACCUUGGUGCAGCAGCAGAUGAGGAACAUGUCAGAGAUCAGGAAGAUGGGAAACAAACCCUUCCCCAUCCAGGUCUACAGGAACCGCAAGUGGAGACCCAUCAACAGUGAUGAACUCGUGCCAGGAGACAUCUGUUCUAUAGGACGCUCCCAACAUGACAACCCUGUCCCAUGUGACCUGUUACUGCUGAGAGGUCCAUGCAUCGUGGAUGAGGCAAUGUUGACUGGGGAGUCUGUACCACAAAUGAAGGAGCCUGUGGAAAGCCUGGAGCCGGACUAUGUCCUGGACCCUGACGUAGAUGGAAAACUGCACAUCAUCUUUGGUGGCACCAAGGUGGUACAACACACCCCACCUGGGAAAACUGCCGCCGGGCUGAAAGCUCCUGACAAUGGCUGUAUUGCUUAUGUGCUGAGGACAGGGUUUAACACCUCCCAGGGUAAGCUGUUGAGAACUAUCCUGUUUGGAGUGAAGCGAGUGACAGCCAACAACCUGGAGACUUUCUUCUUCAUCCUGUUCCUCCUGGUCUUCGCCAUCGCUGCAGCUUCUUAUGUGUGGAUCAAAGGUACUGAGGACCCUAAGAGGAACAGGUACAAGUUGUUCCUAGAGUGCACCUUGAUCCUGACCUCAGUGGUGCCACCAGAACUGCCCAUUGAACUGUCCCUGGCUGUCAACACAUCUCUACUGGCACUCUCCAAACUAUAUGUGUUCUGUACGGAGCCCUUCAGGAUCCCGUUUGCAGGGAAGGUUGACAUCUGCUGUUUUGACAAGACAGGGACCCUGACAUCAGACAAGCUGACAGUGGAGGGGGUGGCAGGACUACAAGGUAAGGAGAAGGUGUGUCCCAUCUCAGAGGUACCCCUGGAGACAGUCCAGGUGCUGGCCUCCUGUCACUCUGUGGUACAGAUGGAGGAUGGGCUGGUGGGAGACCCCCUGGAGAAGGCCACGCUAACUGCAGUAGAGUACAACCUCACCAAAGGUGAUGCAGUGAUCCCGCCGCGUGGGAACCCGGGGAAGGCGAUGAAGAUCGUGCAGCGGUACCACUUCUCCAGUGCGCUGAAGCGGAUGUCGGUCAUCACGUCUCAGGAGCAGCAGGGCUCAGUGGAGAACCUGUACAUGGCCAUGGUCAAGGGCGCGCCCGAGACGCUGAGGGCCAUGUACUCCAGUGUCCCAGACAACUAUGACGAGGUACACCAGGAGAUGUCCAGACAAGGUGCCCGUGUGCUGGCACUGGGGUACAAGAAACUGGGCACUAUGGCUGCACAACAGCUGCGUGACCUGACCAGAGAUGAUGUAGAGAAGGACCUACAGUUUGCCGGGUUUGUCAUCAUCUCCUGUCCUCUCAAGGCUGACUCCAAGGCUACAGUGAGAGAGAUUAUACAUGCCUCCCACCAUGUGUGUAUGAUCACAGGUGAUAACCCCCUGACAGCCUGCCAUGUUGCCAGGGAGCUGCGCUUCACCAGGUGUCCCAAGACUCUGGUACUCACCCCACCAGUCGACCAAGAUUCUGAGUGGCAUUGGCUGUCUGUGGAUGAAAAGGUCACCCUUCCCAUGGUGCCGCGGGAGGGGGCCAAGGAGCUGAUCGGCAAAUAUGACCUUUGUCUUACAGGAGAGGCCCUGACUCAGCUUAAAGCUGUGAAUGAGAAGUUUUUCCAGAAGAUUUUACCUCAUGUCAAGGUGUUUGCAAGAGUUGCCCCCAAGCAAAAGGAGUAUGUGAUCACCACACUGAAGAGUUUAGGCUACACCACUCUCAUGUGUGGGGAUGGAACAAAUGACGUAGGAGCUCUCAAACAUGCACAUGUUGGUGUGGCCCUCUUGUCUAAUGCACCUGAGAGGAUGCCAGAAAAGGCACGAAAGGAGGACAAAGAAAAGGAACCAAAGGACAAUAAACCACCAAACAACAAGCUGCACCAUCCUCAGUCAGCCCCUAGGGGGAGCAGCAGAGCUGCCAAGAACAGAGCUAUAGCCAGAGGAGAAAACUUAGCAGGAAGCAAGAGUGCUCAGAUGCAGAAAAAGCUAGAACAGAUGCUGAAGGAGAUAGAUGAACAGGAGGCAGCAGCAGUCGUGAAGUUAGGAGAUGCCAGCAUAGCCUCUCCCUUCACUUAUAAACUCUCCAGUAUACAGUGUGUAUGUCAUAUCAUCAAGCAGGGUCGGUGUACGCUGGUGACGACACUACAGAUGUUUAAGAUCCUGGCGCUGAAUGCACUGAUCCUAGCGUACAGUCAGAGCGUGCUGUAUCUGGAUGGGAUCAAGUUCAGCGACGGGCAGGCGACCUUACAGGGGCUGCUCUUAGCAGGCUGCUUUCUCUUCAUCUCAAGGUCAAAGCCUUUAAAGAUCCUAUCAAAGCAGCGCCCCCUACCAAACAUCUUCAACCUGUACACCAUCCUGACGGUGCUGUGCCAGUUUGCUGUUCACUUCUGUAGUCUGGUGUUUCUGAAACAGGAGGCACAGAGACUACAGCCCAGGACAGAGGAGUAUGUUGACCUUGAAAAAGACUUUGAGCCCAGCGUGUUGAACAGCACAGUGUACCUUAUCAGUAUGAUGAUGCAGGUCAACACGUUUGCUGUCAACUACAAGGGUCAUCCGUUCAUGGAGUCGUUACGUGAGAACAAGGCUCUCCUGUACAGCCUCUUCUUCUCCAUCAUCUCACUAGCAGCCCUCACCAUGGGGCUGGUGCCGGAAGUCGCACAGCAGUUUGAGAUCGUAGACUUCCCAGAUGAGUACCGGGUGCUACUGCUCCAGGUCUUUGCUGCCAAUUUUGUCGGGGCCUUCCUUAUCGACAGAGUUCUGCAGUUUGCUCUGGGCUAUGCCAGGCUCAGGUCCAACUGAGAACCAUCCAUCUACACACAACUGACAGCUACAACUCAACUGCUUCACGCCCAAGAUGUUGCGGUAAACUGUUGCAGAAUUAGACCUUUAGCAGCAGCUUAGCAGUUCUACCCUACUGCAAGUUCUUGGUUUUCAAAUGCAAUGAAACAGAUCUCUUCUCAUAGUUGUUUCAAAUGCUCAAGACAAAAUGUGCAAAAAAAAUUUUUGUAGUAGUUUGAUGUCAAUUGUUUUGUACCAAUGAAUGAGAGAAUUAAUUUUAUGAAAUUGAUCUGUCUCGUGAAGUAUGUGAAGAAGAGUGGACAAAGUAGCAUUUAUAUGUUCCAACAGAGUUUAGAACUUCAGAGAAUGGAUAGUUUUUUGAAGAUGUAAAUUUCCCACCAGUGCUUAGAAGUGAAGAUUGAAUAAUUGUUUUUGGAAAAGGUGGACUUUGAAUCAUAAUUGUGUCUUAUAGACAUGUAUUAUAAAUCAGUUGUUUUCUUGAAGAAAAAGAAUAUACUUAAUAGGAAUUGUUGCAGACUAAAACCAGAAACCCACUCAGAGUUAGGAUCCUCAAUGUCAUAUUGCACUGCCACAUAGUAACCUAGAGUUCAUAUCUGGAUGAUGUACUGAAAACAUCAAUAUUAUGUAGCUGUUUAAUGCCAGGGUGUACCCCAUCAACACAUCAUACUGCAAGCUGCUGUUGCCUUAUUGAUGGAUAUACAUGCAUAUCGAUCAUUGAUUUUAAAAAAGCUUCUUAAGUUUAGCAAAUUUAAAAGUCAAACGGUUACAACCAAACCUGCAGUAUUUGGCAAAAAAUGACUGUAAUUGUGUGGAAUAUAUUCAAGGUCUUAUAUCAACACAUCAAAAAGUAAGUCGAUGAGAUGAUUACAGUGAAAAUGACCUUAGGUGAAAUACUGAAAGAUUAUAGUAAGAGCUGACAUUCCAAGCAGAGUUGUAUGACAUUGUCAAGCAGUUGUACAGUAUUUAUACUAGUUGUGUUAGCAUUGUUAGUACCAUGGGCUUUUUUUUCGGAAGAUGUGAAAUUAUUUCUUACAAACUUAUUUCUUGCUGUAAGCCAUGGAAUAUGAAGGAAAUAAAGUAACAAAGGG